AUCCACCGUCAGCACAAGCUAAAUCCUCGCUGAACGUCCUGCCAGCGCUUGACGCCGAUAAGAAACAUGUCCUCGUUCAACCUGAAUGUCACCGUGAACCUCCGUUCCGUGCGCAAUACGACCGUCACGCAGACGAUAACUGCAACGGCAACGGGAACAUCCACUGAUACCGAUACUCCUCCUACGCCGGAGAAGACAUCCGAUUCUGUGAAGAAGGUUAUGCCUACGGGUAAAAAGCCCACUGCAGUCAAAGUCGUCGCCAAGACUCCGGCUCCGAAGGAAAUGGCGAUGUCGAAGCUUUAAAGGACUAUUCUGCACGAAUUAUUCUACGCGCAGCCUGCGAGCAGUAAGAGGCUGAAUUGGACCGCCAGAGUCAUGGAAUUGAUGUCCAAAAUAUCGAAAAGGGAGGAAAUCUGGUGUGUAGGCGCGUACUACGCUGCAUUGUCAAGGCGUACACUUUGUUGGAUAGGGCAGCAGAGUACAAACCGUCACUUUUUGUAAUUUUCUUCUCUGGUUUAGAACCAGACGACGCGUUGACUUGUCAGACUCAUUCCGGAC